AGAUACAUCCUAUUUAAUUUUGAACCUCGGUGCUUGUGUUUUCUACUAAAUUUUAUAUCAUAAGUAAGUGAUUUUACAAGUUCGUUGAAUACUAAACCAUUUUAUUAAAUAUAUACCCUUUUUACAGGAAUUAAAAAAGCUUAUGAAUCAGAAGCUUGGUCUCAAUACGAGCAAGAUAAAAAGACCAAAGAAUGGUAGCCACUGGCUGUAUGCUUGCUUCCAAAAUAAUGAAGACAGGAGUAAAGCCAUUGAUGCCCUCAAUGGAUUCUCAUGGAAAGGUAAAACUCUCAUAGCAGAAAUAGCGAAGCCUGCACCAGACCCUCUAGUAAGAAAGAGAAAACACGAAGAUGGCAAUGUUGAACAUGAUAAGAAAAAGAAGGAUAAUGGCAAGAGUCAAGAAGAAAGGUUGAAGGAUUCUACAACUCCAUAUUGGAAUAUGCCUUAUGAAGAACAGCUUCAAGUCAAAGAAAAAGAAAUUAGAAAUAUAUUAAUGAAAUUUGAUAAUGAAGUUUGGAAAAUAAGCAAAGAAAGAAGAAAUGAUAUUGAAACAAAACGUAAACUUUAUAAAGGAUUAAGCUUUGAACUUCUUUCUAUAAUGAAGUCACCUGUAACAGAAGGUUAUAGAAAUAAGUGUGAAUUUACUGUCGGAAUAGAUGAUGAAACAAAAUUACCUACUGUUGGCUUUCGGUUGGGUAGUUAUGUCACAGGAACUGUUGGAGUAGCCCCCAUACAAUCUUUGAACCAUAUUUCAGAGGCAAUGAAGAAAGCUGUUCUAAUAUUUGAACAGUUUGUGAGGAAGUCUGAGCUGGCUCCAUUCUCACCGGCAGACUAUUCAGGUUAUUGGAGAUAUCUGACUGUGAGACAUUCCUCGUUUACUGGAGAUGUCAUGCUUAUUGUUGCAAUGCAUCCUCAGAAUUUAACUGAAGAAGAGUUACAGAAAAUCAAAGAUGGCCUUAUUGAGCAUUUUAGUUCAGCAAACUCUGAGGCUUGCGGUAUUAAGUCUGUAUAUUUUGAGCUCAUCACCAAGAAGAGGGUCGGUGAAGAUGGUUCUAAACCAAUCCAUUUGAUGGGAUCCACUCACUUAAUAGAUACCAUUCUUGGACAUCAGUUUAGAAUAUCUCCAGAAGCUUUUUUUCAGGUAAACACGGCGGGCGCGAAUAUCCUCUAUCAAAGUGCAAUUGAUAUGAGUCGGGUAUCGCAGGAGUCUACUGUCGUCGACAUUUGCUGUGGCACUGGCACCAUAGGCUUGUGCUUCGCUAAGCAUUGCAGCAAAGUGCUCGGCUUGGAGCUUAUCCCGGAAGCUGUGAAAGAUGCAAAGGCGAAUGCUGAACUGAACGGCAUAGAGAAUUGCGAAUUCUUCACGGGAAAGGCGGAGGACAUUCUACCUUCUGUACUAGCAAGGGCGACGGGAGAAGACCUGAUUGCAAUAGUGGACCCACCCAGAGCGGGCCUGCACAUGCGAGCAGUAACUCAGCUCCGGAACACGAAAAAGGUGAAGAGGCUAGUAUACAUCUCGUGUAGUCCGGCCUCAGCGGUGAAGAACUUCGUGGAUUUGUCUAGGGCUUCAUCGAAAACCCUUCGCGGUGCACCGUUUAUGCCUGUCCGAGCUGUGCCAGUCGAUAUGUUCCCACAUACGAAACACGUCGAACUGGCGAUCCUCUUUGAAAGAGAGGAAACUAAAGAAAAUCAAAAUAACACUGCGGCUGAAAAUCCCAUACAAAGUGAAACAGAUUUAACCAAUGAUGAUUCAAUGGCAGAAUGACGUUAUAUUAACAUGGACAUAGCGCUCCUUUAGGCCAUGAAAAAAAUAUGCAAACGCAAAUAAUUUCCGAAAAAUUUACCUAAGUUCUAAAUAUGUAACUGUUUAAUACAUACAUUGCAAUAAUACAUACAUUACUUUUAAAUUAGUAAUUAAAACAUAAUUCUAUGAAUUUCGAAGGUUUGAUUUAAUUAUAAGCAUAACAACUCAUUGAAUUUUUCAAUAUUUUUCCAAAAUUAAAUAGAUAUUUGUACACUUGUUUUUAAUAAAUAGUGUAAAAUAUGUUCACGUUGCUAUUCACAAAUCAUGUCCAAACAAUGUUUUGUUAAGGAAAUCAUUGUUACAUUAUGUAAUUAAAUAUAUAAGUAUUGUU